UCCCAAACACUCUUCAUCUCUGCAAAAAUCACAAAGCAACACACACACACAAAGACAUACAUUCUUAUAAGCUAAAGAAGAUGAGUUCCAGUGAAGUGAAGCCGUUCAAGAAGAAAGAAGGGAGUGUGUUCCCAAAGGAGAGGGAGCUUGUGAAGACCAAAGCCGUCAAAGCCAUUUGCUCUUUGCUCCGUCCUUCAUGCGAUGGCAAACAGAGCUCUGACCCAUCCGGAAACGCCGACGGCAACGGCAAGCGAGUGUACCCCACUCGCCCCUGACCGGUCGUUUUCAUGGUGAAGAUACAAAUUUGGGCCGUCAAGAUCUUUAAAUGGGUUCUUCUUCUCCUCUGUUUUUCUUUUCUUGUUUCUGUUGUUUAUAAGCUUAAUUAGGUAAAAGAGUGUGUGUGUGUGUGUGUUUUCUUUGGGGGAUCUUUCUUUUUUUUUCAGUCUUCAAGAGAGGGAAGUUGAUGAAUUAUGGAUUGUUAUCUUUAAUCUUCUUGCUUUGUAAACAAGAAAGUAGUAGUACUAUAUUUGAUUAUGAGGUGUUUUCUGGUUAAUUAUGGUACUAGUCAUUUAAUACACACUCUGUUUUUUA